GAAGCUUGUCAGACCUCUUCAGGAGGAGUGCUGGAUGAAACAGGCCCCAAGUUCCUUCAGCACAGCUGAGCCCUUACCUGCCUGGCGGUGGUGAUCACUCAUCUUUAUCACUAUGGUGGGCCCCAACAGCAAUGGAUCCAGUGCCACAUAUUUCAUCCUAAUAGGCCUCCCAGGCUUGGAAGAAGCACAGUUCUGGUUGGCCUUUCCAUUAUGCUCUCUCUACCUUAUUGCUGUGCUAGGUAACUUGACCAUCAUCUACAUUGUAUGGACUGAGCACAGUCUACAUGAGCCCAUGUAUAUCUUUCUUUGCAUGCUUUCAGGCCUUGACAUUCUCAUCUCCACCUCAUCCAUGCCCAAAAUGAUGGCCAUUUUCUGGUUCAAUUCCACUACUAUCCAGUUUGAUGCUUGUCUGUUACAGAUGUUUGCCAUCCACUCCUUAUCUGGCAUGGAGUCCACAGUGCUCCUGGCGAUGGCCUUUGACCGCUACGUGGCCAUCUGCCACCCACUACGUCAUGCUACUGUGCUCACGUUGCCUCGUGUCACCAAGAUUGGCAUUGCUGCUGUGCUACGGGGAGCUGCACUGAUGGCACCCCUGCCUAUCUUCAUCAAGCGGCUUCCCUUCUGCAGCUCUAAUAUCCUUUCUCAUUCCUACUGCUUACACCAAGAUGUCAUGAAGCUGGCCUGCGCUGACAACCGUGUCAAUGUCAUCUAUGGCCUCAUUGUCAUCAUUGCUGCCAUUGGGCUGGACUCACUUCUCAUCUCCUUCUCAUAUCUGCUUAUCCUUAAGACUGUGUUGGGCUUGACACGUGAAGACCAAGCCAAGGCAUUUGGCACUUGUGUCUCUCAUGUGUGCGCUGUUUUUAUAUUCUAUGUUCCUUUCAUUGGAUUAUCUAUGGUGCACCGUUUUAGCAAGCGGCGUGACUCCCUCCUGCCCAUAAUCAUGGCCAACAUCUAUCUGCUUGUCCCUCCUGUGCUCAACCCUAUUGUCUAUGGAGUGAAGACAAAAGAGAUCAGGCAGCGCAUCCUGCGUCUUUUCCAUGUGGCCACACACACUUCAGAUCACUAAGUGUCAGUGUGAUCAAACUCUUUUUCAUGCAAAGUCUUCUAAUUCAGAAUUUAAUACCAACAUUUUGGAAGACAGUAUUAAGAGAAAAAAAUCUC